GAAGUUUCCAAGCUCAGCUCUCUACUCUCUUUUCUGAAAAAGAUAGAAUCUUUGGAUCCGCCAGACCCGAAAACCCGAACCCGCGAUGGCUUCGUUCGACGCUUUCAGCACGGACGGCGACGACCUCAACGCCUCAACCAACCGUCCGUUUGACCACGACGAGGUCGUCGUCGAGGAGGACAGCUACGAGUACGGCUCCUACUCCGACUUCUCCGGCGUGCAAGGAGUUUCGGUGGAUCACGCCGCCGCCGCGGAAGCCUCGCCGUUCGGAUUCGAAGAUCCGAGCCCGAACUACUCCGGCUCGUCGCCGUUCGGGUCGGCUCCGGCGGAGAACGGGAACGGAUAUGGAAUCGGCGAGAACGGAAUCGACGACGGAGUUUUCGCCUCCGACGGGCCUUUGCUGCCGGAGCCGAGCGAUAUGGCGGAGGAAGGGCAAGCUCUCCGUGAGUGGAGGAGGCAAAAUGCCCUUGUGCUUGAGGAGAAGGAAAAGAGAGAGAAAGAACUGAGGAUCCAGAUUAUUGAAGAAGCUGAGGAGUUCAAACGUGCAUUCUAUGAGAAAAGGAAGCUUAAUGUUGAGACUAACAAGGUUGAGAACAGGGAGAAGGAGAAGGUGUUCGUGGCUGAUCAAGAGAAGUUCCACAAGAAUGCAGACAAGCAAAGUUGGAAGGCAAUAGCUGAGCUCAUUCCUCAUGAGAUACCCAACAUUGAGAAAAAGAGAGGCAAAAAGGAUCAGGACAAAAAACCAUCGAUCACGGUCAUUCAGGGUCCAAAGCCUGGGAAACCCACUGAUCUUUCAAGGAUGCGACAAAUACUUUUGAAGCUGAAGCAUACAACUCCACCGCACAUGAUUCCAAAACCACCUGCUCCUGCUAAAGAUGCAAAAGAUGGGAAGGAUGCAAAAGAUGCCAAGAAUGUAAAGGAUGCAAAAGAUGUGAAGAAUGCUGCAUCUAAAUCUAAUGGAUCUGCAGACGCUGCGGGGCCUGCUGCUUCAGAAACUAAAGAGGCCACCUCUAUUAGCACUUCGGAUGCACCAGAACAAGCAGCUCCUGUUUCUACCGAGGAACAGUCUGCUUAAGUCGAUAUAAUGUCUCAACUCUCUCCAUAUUUGUUAUUAUUUUGAGAUCUCUAAUUUUCAUUUAUCGGCUGUCAUCUUCCUUUUUCUUUUGCUACUAAUUAUCAGAAUAUUGUCAUAUUUGGCCUCCAUCGUUCUUAGCUUUAUUGUGGAGGCCUUUAUAUACCUUGGUUUUGGA